AUGCUAGCCGUAGGGCAGAUGGAGGCUAACCGCCAGGGCGCCUUCGUGCUGAGCAGUACGCCGCUGGCCGCGCUGCACAACAUGGCCGAGAUGAAGACGUCGCUCUUCCCCUACGCCCUGCAGAACCCGGCCGGCUUCAAGGCGCCGGCCCUGGGCGGCCUCAACGCGCAGCUCCCGCUGGGCACGCCGCACGGCAUCAGCGACAUCCUGGGCAGGCCCGUGGCCGGCGCCGCCAGCAGCCUCCUCUCCGGCCUGCCCCGCCUGAACGGACUGGCCACGGCCGCCGCCGCGGGGAUGUAUUUCAACCCGGCCGCCGUCUCCAGGUACCCCAAGCCCCUGGCCGAGCUGCCCGGCCGGCCGCCCAUUUUCUGGCCCGGAGUUAUGCAGGGGGCGCCCUGGAGGGACCCGCGGCUCGCCUGCCCCGCCCAGGCCGGGAUGGUUUUGGAUAAAGACGGCAAGAAGAAGCACUCCCGGCCCACUUUUUCGGGGCAGCAGAUCUUCGCGCUGGAAAAGACCUUCGAGCAGACAAAGUACUUGGCCGGGCCGGAGAGAGCCCGCCUUGCCUACUCGCUGGGCAUGACGGAGAGUCAAGUCAAGGUGUGGUUCCAGAACCGGCGGACCAAGUGGCGGAAGCGGCACGCCGCCGAGAUGGCCUCGGCCAAGAAGAAGCACGACUCGGAGACGGAGAAGCUGAAGGAGAGCUCGGAGAACGAGGACGACGACGAGUACAACAAGCCGCUGGACCCCAACUCGGACGACGAGAAGAUCACGCGGCUCCUCAAGAAGCACAAGGCGGCCGCCGGCGCCCCGCUGGCCCUGCUCAGCCCCUGCAGCAACGCCUCGGAGCCCUCCUGA